AUGGAUGCGAAGUUCGACAAGAUGGAUGCCAAGAUGGAUAAGAAAUACGACAAGAUGGACGGCAAGAUUGACCAAGCAGGACCACGCUACCCAAAAGAAGCAGUAGAGACCCGGAGGCUGCUAUGGCAUGGGACUCGGACGGCGCUGUGUAGACUUGCUUUUUUUCAUGAGGAGGGGGCCCCCCCUCCGUCUGGUGGAAGAGACGAAGUCCCUUCAACCUCACCACUCCAUAGACGGAGAGAGAACAGUGAACUCCUAGGAGGACAAAGCGAUAACACAAUAACACGGAAACCAAGGGGAACAACGAGAACAGACUCAGACGAGUGCCCUAUUUGGUAUCAAGGGUGGUGA